GUGGUGGCCUCUGGGAAUGUAGGUGGGCGGCUGGCUAGCUACCGGGAGCGCCCUAUGAGUAGGGUGGGUUUGUAGCUGCGUCCUUGUGCUUAGUAAGAAUAGGAUCUGUCUCCAAACCAGAUGCGUACUCCCAGGCAGGACUAGUUUAGGCAGAACUUGAAAGCCACGUUUCAGAAAGAUCUGACAGGAUUUUCCACACACAUUUGUAAUGGAAGCGAGUAGGCAGGGGAAGACUGGGAGGGCAGAAGAAGGGAAUUGGAUCAAUAUGAGAUGUGGUAGAGCUAGUGCUGAUUUAAAAUCUUCAUGUAAAGACAAUUAGGAUUCGCCUUUCAAGUGUUCCUUUGGAGUGUGAGCUGCUGCAACCAGAUUUACUAGUGCUGUCUUCACUACUGCAGACUUCUGACUUCUUCGUUCUUCUUCCUUUUCUUCUUCACCAGAACUUGUUCGCUCCAUUCUUUUGUACCUACCUUUUGCACAUUGUAACCAUCCUUUAUGCCUCAGAUUGUUAUUUUGUGUCAGUAAAUAAUCCAUAAAGUGCCAGCAUGGGAAAGAAACGGACAAAGGGAAAAACUGUUCCAACUGAUGAUUCCUCUGAAUCUUCAGAACCUAUAUGUAGACACAUUAGAAAAGGAUUGGAACAAGGUAAUUUGAAAAAGGCUUUAGUCAAUGUGGAAUGGAAUAUUUGUCAAGACUGUAAGACGGACAACAAAGUAAAAGAUAAAUCUGAAGAAGAAACAGAAGAAAAUCCUUCAGUUUGGCUAUGUCUUAAAUGUGGCCAUCAGGGCUGUGGCAGAAAUUCUCAGGAGCAGCAUGCUUUGAAGCACUAUAUGAUACCAAGAUCAGAGCCACACUGUCUGGUUCUCAGUUUGGACAACUGGAGUGUGUGGUGUUACCUCUGUGAUAAUGAAGUCCAGUAUAGUAGUUCAAACCGAUUGGGCCAAGUGGUUGAUUAUGUUAGAAAACAAGCUGGUACUAUAAUUCCCAAACCAGACAGGGAUAAUGGAAACAUUGAACUUGAAAACAAAAAAUUAGAAAAAGAGAGUAAAAAUGAACAAGAAAGAGAAAAGAAGGAAAACAUGACUAAAGAAAAUCCACCCAUGAAUUCUUCCCAAAUAACCGUGAAAGGACUCAGUAAUUUGGGAAAUACAUGUUUCUUCAAUGCAGUUAUGCAGAAUUUGUCACAAACACCAGUGCUUAGAGAGUUACUGAAAGAAGUGAAAAUGUCUGGAACAAUUGUAAAAAUUGAACCACCUGAUUUGGCACUAACAGAACCCUUAGAAGUAAACCUUGAGCCUCCAGGUCCUCUUACUUUAGCCAUGAGCCAGUUUCUUAAUGAGAUGCAAGAGACCAAAAAGGGAAUUGUGACACCUAAAGAACUCUUUGCUCAGGUCUGUAAAAAAGCAGUGCGGUUUAAAGGCUACCAGCAGCAAGACAGCCAGGAGCUACUUCGCUAUUUACUGGAUGGGAUGAGAGCAGAAGAACACCAAAGAGUGAGUAAAGGAAUUCUUAAAGCAUUUGGUAAUUCUACUGAAAAAUUGGAUGAAGAACUAAAAAAUAAAGUUAAAGAUUAUGAAAAGAAAAAAUCAAUACCAAGUUUUGUGGACCGUAUCUUUGGUGGUGAACUGACUAGUACAAUCAUGUGUGAUGAGUGUAGCACUGUUUCUUUGGUUCAUGAAUCUUUCCUUGAUUUGUCUCUCCCAGUUUUAGAUGAUCAGAGUGGUAAGAAAAGUAUAAAUGAUAAAAAUCUGAAAAAGACAAUGGAGGAUGAAGAUAAAGAUAGCGAGGGAGAAAAAGAUAAUGACAGUUACAUAAAAGAGAGACAUGAUAUUCCUUCAGGAACAAGUAAGCACUUACAGAAAAAAGCAAAGAAGCAAGCGAAAAAGCAAGCCAAGAACCAACGAAGGCAACAAAAAAUUCAAGGAAAAGUUCUUCAUUUAAAUGAUAUCUGUACCAUUGACCAUCCUGAAGACAAUGAAUGUGAGGCURAAAUGUCACUUCAGGAAGAAGUAGAAAUUAAAUCCAACUAUAUUUCACAAGAGGAAGUUACACAUAAAGAAUUUUGUGUUAAUCAAAAAGAUUUGAAUGGACAAGAAAAAAUGAUAGAAAAUAUAACUGACAAUCAAAAGUCCAUAGAGGAAAUAGAUAUUAAAAAUAUCGAUAUGGAUAAUGAUCUGGAGGAAUUGGCAUCAUCUCCCUCUGAAUGUACUAGGAAUUUAAAUGGUACCUUUCUGAAAGAAGGGAGUAAUGGAGAGAUGGACAUUUCCAGUGGUUUCAAAAACCUUAACUUAAAUGCUGUUCUUCAACCUGAUGAAAUAGAUAUAGAGAUUCUGAAUGACAGUCAUACUUCUGGGACAAAAGUAUAUGAGGUUGUAAAUGAAGAUCCAGAAACUGCUUUCUGUACUCUUGCAAAUAGAGACACUUUGAACACUGAUGAGUGUUCAGUUCAACAUUGUUUAUAUCAGUUCACCCGUAAUGAGAAACUUCGAGAUGCAAAUAAACUGCUUUGUGAAGUCUGCACACGGAGGCAAUAUAAUGGACCAAAGGCAAAUACAAAAGGUGAAAGAAAACAUGUUUAUACCAAUGCCAAAAAGCAGAUGCUAAUUUCUCUUGCUCCUCCUGUUCUCACUCUUCAUUUAAAGAGAUUUCAGCAGGCUGGUUUUAACCUACGCAAAGUUAACAAACACAUAAAGUUUCCGGAAAUCUUAGAUUUGGCUCCUUUUUGUACCCUUAAAUGUAAGAAUGUUGCAGAAGAAAACACAAGAGUACUAUAUUCAUUAUAUGGAGUUGUUGAACACAGUGGUACCAUGAGGUCGGGGCAUUACACUGCCUAUGCCAAGGCAAGAACUGCAAAUAGUCAUCUCUCUAAUCUCAUUCUUCAUGGAGAUAUUCCACAAGAUUUUGAAAUGGAAUCAACCAAAGGGCAGUGGUUUCACAUCAGCGACACACAUGUGCAAGCUGUGCCUACAGCUAAAGUUCUAAACUCACAAGCAUACCUCUUAUUCUAUGAGAGAAUACUGUAACAACAAAAAAGUGCUUUCUUUGGAAAUGCAUUUGUGGCUUUUUUGUAAUGGCUGUUAUUAGUAACAAUAAAAAAUUAAAGACUAUAAAUCAUGUUCACUUAAUACUAAAUACCUGACAGAAGAAAUCAUGUUUAUUUAAGUAUCAAAGGGAAAGCACUUAAAAAUUCAGUGAAUUUUUUUUUUUGUAUUGUCAUAGUGGUUUUUAUUCUCGCUUCAUUUCUGAAAAGUAAAUUUGAAUUAUUUAAUUCCUGUGCUUAAUGUUUGGGUGGUGAAUUAUGACCCAUCAAUAAACUGACUUCCCCCAAAACUUGUUUUAUUACUUUAGAUUUUAAGUUACAUUGACUGCACUAGAUAACAUUAAAUAUUUGCUGUUAUCAAAGUAUAACAUAGGACAAACUUAGACUGUAGUUUGAUACCAAAUCCUCUUUUAUGCCAGCAUGUCAAGAGGAAGUCUGCAAAUUGUCCUUCUAAAAAAUUCCUUUUUUACCCAAGUUAGCCAAUACUGGGUUAGUUACAACCAGGUUUAGAACAUCAAGCCUAUCAGAACUUCUUGUAUAGUUCAACAUUUUAGAAUUUUAUGAAUUAGAAAACUUUGCAUCAUUCCUCUGAUGAGUUUAUAUAAAAACCAGUCAACCAAACUGUUUCUAAAAUACCUUUGAGCUGGGUGCAGUGGCUUAGGCCUGUAAUUCCAGUAAC